CACGAAGGGACUAUCUUUUGUCAUUUUUUCUCUUUCUAUUGAAACAUAUUGGGAGCGGGACAGAAUAAUAAUACUAAGCAAUAUAGAAGUAGAAGAAAGCAAAGAAAAGCGUGGUGGAUCUGUUGAAUGAUCGAUGGCGCUUUCGAGACUUCGUUAUCCCUUACAAUCUCUUCUCCAAGCUCGCCGUCAUCUCGCCUCCACUUUCCGAUCGCCUGUUUCUGGGGCGCUGAAUCAAAUUCCUGAUGUGGAUGCUACUUCAUUAAGUUCGGUCAGGCCUUUACAUUUCCGCCUGCUCAGUGAAGUCCAUGGCAUCCCAUCUAAGCUGCAAAGUGGUGUUCGGUACUUCUCGUCAGCUGAGGCUCCUGUGCAUACAGAGGUGGCAAUGCCAGCUUUGUCUCCUACAAUGACUCAAGGUAAUAUAGCAAAGUGGAUAAAGAAAGAGGGGGACAAGAUUGAAGUUGGGGACAUACUAUGUGAGAUAGAGACUGAUAAAGCUACACUCGAGUUUGAAAGUCUUGAAGAAGGUUACCUUGCAAAGAUAUUGGUCCCUGAAGGAACAAAAGAUGUACCAGUGGGACAGGCUAUAGCAAUUACGGUGGAAGAAGCAGAUGACAUACAAAAAGUCCCUGCUACUGCUGGUGGUGCAUCAGGGGUUAAAAAUCAGGCAUCUUCUCAGACAGAUGCAGCACCAGAAGCCAGUCCUGCGAAUAUUAGCUCAUCUGAACUUCCUCCUCAUUUGGUCCUUGAUAUGCCAGCUUUGUCCCCAACCAUGAACCAAGGUAACAUCGCUAAAUGGAGGAAAAAGGAAGGUGACAAGAUAGAGGUUGGUGACAUUCUCUGUGAGAUAGAAACUGACAAAGCAACUCUUGAGUUUGAAAGUCUCGAAGAAGGAUUCUUGGCCAAAAUAGUGGCACCUGAAGGUUCAAAAGAUGUGGCUGUUGGGCAGCCUAUUGCAAUCACAGUCGAGGAUGAAAAUGAUAUUGAAGCUGUGAGGACAUCGAGCAGCGGCAGCAAUGUGGUUAAGGAAGAAAAGUCGGUCCGUCAUGAUGCCCCGGCUGAACUUAGAACUCAGGCGACAGGUUUCAAUAGAAUCAGUCCAGCUGCUAAGAUGUUAAUUAUGGAACAUCGUUUAGAUGCAUCAUCAAUUCCAGCAUCUGGUCCUCGUGGUACCCUGUUAAAGGGAGAUGUUCUUGCUGCAUUGAAGUCAGGAAAGGGAUCAACCAACAUUUCACCAAUGAAGAAGGCAACUCCAUCUCCUCCUCAGGUCGACCAACAAGCUACUCCAACAAAGCCACUUGGGUUAAAAUCUGAUGGUCAGCAAAAGGAUGCUUAUGAAGAUUUACCUAAUAGUCAAAUUCGCAAGGUGAUAGCAGCAAGGUUAUUGGAAUCUAAGCAAUCUACUCCUCACUUGUAUUUGUCCACAGAUGUUAUAUUGGACCCCCUUCUCUCCUUCAGAAAGGAGCUUAAAGAAAAGUAUGAUGUUAAAGUCUCGGUGAAUGACAUUGUCAUCAAAGUGGUUGCAGCAGCAUUAAGAAAUGUACCAGAAGCAAAUGCUUACUGGGAUGAUGGAAAAGGUGAGGUGGUGCUUUGUGAUUCUGUUGAUAUAUCCGUUGCCGUUGCCACUGAAAAGGGCUUGAUGACCCCAAUUAUCAGGAAUGCUGAUCAGAAAUCCAUAUCCUCAAUUUCAGCAGAGAUCAAGGAGCUUGCUGGAAAGGCACGAGCUGGAAAGCUUAAACCUAAUGAAUUCCAAGGUGGCACUUUCAGCAUUUCAAACUUGGGCAUGUUUCCAGUGGAUCGGUUUUGUGCAAUUAUCAACCCCCCUCAGGCUGGUAUAAUUGCUGUUGGUAGGGGCAAUCAAGUUGUUGAACCGGUGGUUGGAGCUGAUGGAAUUGAGAAGCCAUCUGUAGUUAACAAAAUGAAUUUGACUUUAUCUGCUGAUCAUCGUGUCUUCGAUGGAAAGGUUGGAGGUGCUUUCGUUUCAGCAUUGUCGUCUAACUUCAGUGACAUCAAGAGGCUUCUACUGUAAUACAGAUAAAGUUUACUUUCAAGUCUGGGAACAAAAUAUCCUACAGGACAACCUGUGCAGGCGGCGUAGUUCUUUCAGAUAUAGUUUGCCUUCAGAUCUCAAACUUGUAUCUAAUGGGUGCCAUUUAUGUUCUUGAGAAUGAGAAUGAUUGAGGUCCAUAAAGUUGGACUAGUUCCAAUUACAGUGAUACUACCAUUUCUUCUGAGAUACUCUCAGUUAUGACACAUCGCACUCUCAUAUGCUUUUCCUGUAAAGUUGUACAAGGGUGCCUCAAUAUUCUUUACCAAAUAAAGAGCUCCUGAUUUUUGCCCUUUCUUUGUUGGACCUGCCUGAAUAUGGGAUACUUCGUGCAGCUAUCGUUUUAUAGCGUUUUCAAAUUUUCCCUUUUCUUCUUUCA